AUAUGGGCUGGAUCCAUGGAUCGCCAUCACGUGAUGCACAUUAGAAUAUACGAUGUUUUACUAUUUUCAGUAAAUAAAAUUACUUAUCCACGUGGUAAAGUGAUGGAGAGUCUGAGGAUAAACAGAGCUUAUGCUGAAGCUUAUGAGAAGAGGAAGAAAGCUGAAGAGCUCAGUAGAUUAAAGGAUAAGUAUGGGAGUGAUGCUGAGCUGGAGUCAAGCAGUAGCUCUGAAGAUGAAGAUGACAAUGCUAUGGGGAUUACUAGUAGGAAUAGGAAGGACUUUUUAAAGAUUUUAUCCCUCGUAAAAGAUAAAGACCCACGAAUAUACGACAAGGAGGUUGAACUGUUAAAAGAAGAAUCUGCUGACAGCUCUCCUGAAGAUAGUGAUUUAAAGACUACCUCCUCCAAGCCCACUUAUCUGAGAGAUUACGAGAGGGAGAGAGUACUCAAGUCGGCCAGAGGAGUACAGAGUGAUAGUGAGGAAGAGGAGGAGUCCCCCUCGUCCAACUUAUCAAAGGACAAGUUGCUUUAUAAUGAGGAGCAGCACACAUUAAAGAAGGAUUUGCUUGCAGCUGCUUCAUCAGAAGAUACAGACAAUUUGCUUACUGUUAGAGUCAAAUCAAAAGAGGAAAAGGAGGAAGAAGAAGAAGACUACAUAAAAUGGCUGAAAGGCCAAGAGGUUGAGCUAGGAACUGAUGAAGCAAAAGACAUGAAGACACUACAAAACUAUUGGAACAAUCCUGACAUAGACCCAGGGGAGGCCUUCCUCCGGGACUAUAUACUUAAUAGUAUGUGGGUGGAUAAGGAUCGGAUCAGAGUACCGACUUUUGACGAAGUUGUCGAAGAAGAUGAAGUGUUGGUGUCUGAAGACGAAGAAGAGUUAGAUGAACAAGAUGAUUUUGAGAAGACGUAUAACUUCAGAUUUGAAGAACCAGGUGGUAGCAAUAUUGUGAGUUAUCCUCGAAGCAUUCCAAAUUCUGUACGGGCAAAGAACGAAAAAAGGAUUGAGAAGAGAAAAGCAAGAGAAGAUAGGAAGCAGCUGGAGAAGCAGCAAAAGCAAGAAGAAUUGAAGAGGCUUAAGAACCUGAAGAGACAAGAGAUUCUUGCUAAACUAGACAAACUAAAAGAAUUAACGGGUAAUCCAAGCGUUGGUUUUACUGAGGAAGAUAUUGAUGGGGACUUUGAUCCUUCGAAAUACGAUGAAAUAAUGCAGAAGGUCUUCAACAAUGAAUAUUACAAUGAUCCUGCUGGAGGAGAAGAUGUGGAAAAACCAGUUUUCAGUGAUAGUGAAGAAGAAGAGAAUUGGGAUGAAUGGAUACCCCCAGAGAAUGAUGAUCAUGAUGAUGGUCCGCAUUGUGAGGAUCCUGACUUUAAUAUGGAUGCCGAUUUUCCUCAAGAAGAGGUCAAAAUGUCGAAAAGGAAAAGGAAACGUGGCUCAAUGUUCUCUCGUGCCCUCAAGAAAAAGAAGCCUCAGUUUGAGCCGGAAGAGAAGUCUUUUGAGGAAUAUUUUGACGAAUAUUACAAACUAGAUUACGAGGAUGUUAUUGGGGAUUUGCCAUGUCGGUUUCACUAUAGAACUGUUGAGCCCAAUGAUUACGGAUUGACUACCGAAGAGAUACUGACUUGUGAAGACAAGGAGCUUAAUAAGUGGGCAUCUCUCAAGAAGCUAGUGAAAUAUAGAACUAAGGAAGAGGAGAAGAGUGAAAUUAAGAAAUAUCGUAAGAAGGCAGCCAACAUUCAAAGAAAGGAACAGAUUCUAAUCAGCUUGAAAGAUUCUGUAGAGGAAGGGAAGGUGAAGAAAAAGAAGCAGAGAGAUAAGAAAAGUGAAGAGCCUCAGCCUGAUGUACAAAACCCUAAGAAAAAGAAAAAGAAGAAAAGAAAGAACACACUGGCAUCUCUUAGUGAGAAUAGACUGGCAGCCUAUGGACUUACACUUGAUGCUAAAAAGAGAACAAAAAAAUGAAUCUUUUUUCCACAAUAUUAUAACAUUUUCUAAGAAAAUUAUAAUAAAAAUAA